AUGGUGACUGUCAAUGAAGUCAAUACAAAAUUUGAAGCCUUUGGACUAGAAGCUGAAGCAAGCAAGAAAUCUAUGGAUGAAAGGCUUUAUACAAUGGCUGAUGCGGUUCAAGUUGCUGCUCAGAUUGAGGAAGAAGCUAAAAAGAAGACUUCUAUGAGAUUUACAACCACUUCCUAUGGCAAGAACGAAAGGCCAGCCAUUGACUUGAGGACAUAUGGGUUACCAAUGUCCUACGAAGAAAAUUUGCAUGUUGGGAUUGCACAAGGAAAGGAAGCUGCAGAACAAGAAUCUGAUUUGGCAGGAAAUUCUUUUGAUUUUGGGGUUUAUGAGGCUGAUGACCUUGCCGAUGAUGAGGAUGCAAUCACAUGA